UGUCCAAAAAAAAAAAAAAAAAAAUCCCCACCUUCGCUUCGUGUUCGGAGAGUUUCUCAAGUUCCGGUGAUGGGGGCAGAAGACGAGGGUAGUCAGCCGCCGGCGCGCGCCGCUGCCCAACCCGCAACCGCGGGAGCGGCUCCGCCCAUCACCCCAUCCCAGUUCCUCUCCUGGAAGCAGCGAAAGGAUGCACAGGAAGCUGCACAGAAAGCUGAAGCAGCCCAGAAACGAGCCGCAGAUAUAGCUUCAGGAGCAGUGCAAAUGAAUGGCCGAGAGCUGUUUCAGCAUGAACCCUGGGUGUUUGACAACAACAUUUACUGAGAUGACCAAAUUUCUGUAAACUAAAAAAAGAACAUGUAUGCUGUGGUCACAGUGAAAUCCUCCAAAAGUGUUUUGCAUAUGCCUCUAGAACUUUCUUUUAUGGAAUCUGUACGAUGCUCUAAAGCAGAUAAAUGCAGACAAAAAUAGUACCCACAAUCUUUCAUCA